AUGAGUUCAGGCAGAGCCUUCCAGUGUCAGGGCAUGAAUGCAGGGCCUGGAGUCGGAGGGGUCUCGGGGGCUUUUGGUUGGUUUGUGUCUCAGAUUGCAAAUCUCAUUGGCACCACAAUGCUGAGAUCGUUAGUGAAGGCCACUCAGGAUGCAUGUCAGGAUGAAAUUAGUUCCAUACAGCUAAUUGGCUUAUUUGGCAAAUUAUUAUGUGCCAAGAAUCUCGCAAAGAAAGAUUUCUUCAGACUUCCUGACCCAUUUGCUAAAAUAGUUGUGGAUGGGUCAGGUCAGUGCCAUUCCACUGACACUGUGAAGAACACGUUGGACCCCAAAUGGAACCAGCAUUACGAUCUAUACGUUGGGAAAACAGAUUCCAUAACCAUCAGUGUAUGGAACCAUAAAAAAAUCCAUAAGAAACAGGGAGCUGGCUUCCUGGGGUGUGUCCGACUCCUCUCCAAUGCCAUCAGCAGGCUAAAAGAUACUGGAUACCAGCGUUUGGAUCUAUGCAAACUCAACCCCACAGACACCGAUGCUGUCCGAGGCCAAAUAGUGGUCAGUUUACAGACACGGGACAGAAUAGGCACAGGAGGUUCUGUAGUAGACUGCAGAGGGCUUUUGGAGAAUGAAGGAACGGUGUAUGAAGAUUCGGGGCCGGGGCGGCCGCUGAGCUGCUUCAUGGAGGAGCCGGCGCCGUACACGGACACGACGGGCGCGGCAGCAGGAGGCGGCUGCCGCUUCCUGGAGUCCCCCAGCCAGGAGCAGCGGCUGCAGGCCCAGCGGCUCCGCACCCCCGAGGUCAGAGCUCACGUGCAGACACCUCAGAACAGGCCCCACGGCCACCAGUCACCGGAGCUACCUGAAGGCUACGAGCAAAGAACAACGGUACAGGGACAGGUUUAUUUUUUGCACACACAGACUGGAGUGAGCACGUGGCAUGACCCAAGGAUACCAAGAGACCUUAACAGUGUGAAUUGUGAUGAACUGGGACCUUUGCCUCCAGGUUGGGAAGUCAGAAGUACAGUUUCAGGAAGAAUAUAUUUUGUAGAUCAUAACAACAGAACCACACAAUUCACAGAUCCACGACUACAUCACAUCAUGAACCACCAAUGCCAGCUAAAAGAGCCCAGCCAGCAGCCUCUACCAGCUCCAAAUGAGGGAUCAUUGGAAGAGGGUGAGGAGUUGCCUGCACAGAGAUAUGAAAGAGACUUGGUACAAAAGUUGAAAGUUCUUAGACAUGAGCUCUCUCUUCAGCAACCUCAGGCUGGCCACUGUCGAAUUGAAGUAUCCAGAGAGGAAAUAUUUGAGGAAUCCUAUCGUCAGAUAAUGAAGAUGAGGCCAAAGGACUUGAAAAAGAGGCUUAUGGUGAAAUUCCGAGGAGAGGAAGGCCUGGAUUAUGGAGGAGUAGCAAGGGAGUGGUUGUAUUUACUAUGCCAUGAAAUGUUGAAUCCCUACUAUGGACUCUUCCAGUACUCCACAGAUAAUAUUUACAUGCUGCAAAUCAAUCCAGACUCUUCUAUCAAUCCUGACCAUUUGUCUUAUUUCCAUUUUGUUGGUCGGAUCAUGGGUUUGGCUGUGUUCCAUGGACACUAUAUCAACGGGGGGUUCACAGUUCCCUUUUACAAGCAGCUGCUGGGGAAGCCCAUCCAGCUCUCCGAUCUGGAAUCUGUUGACCCAGAAUUACACAAAAGUUUAGUCUGGAUCUUAGAGAAUGAUAUCACACCAGUCCUGGACCAUACAUUCUGUGUGGAACACAAUGCCUUCGGGAGGAUUUUACAGCAUGAACUCAAACCAAAUGGCAGGAAUAUUCCAGUGACAGAAGAGAACAAGAAGGAAUAUGUCAGGUUGUACGUGAACUGGCGGUUCAUGAGAGGAAUAGAGGCACAGUUCCUGGCUCUGCAGAAAGGUUUUAAUGAACUUAUUCCUCAACAUCUCCUUAAGCCUUUUGACCAGAAGGAACUUGAGCUGAUCAUAGGAGGCCUGGAUAAGAUAGACCUGAAUGACUGGAAAUCCAACACCCGCCUAAAGCACUGCAUGGCUGACAGCAACAUUGUCAAGUGGUUCUGGCAAGCAGUGGAAACGUUUGAUGAAGAGAGGAGGGCAAGGCUGCUGCAGUUCGUGACGGGCUCGACGCGUGUCCCGCUUCAAGGUUUCAAGGCUUUACAAGGCGCUGCAGGACCCAGACUGUUUACCAUCCAUUUAAUAGAUGCAAACACAGACAACCUUCCAAAAGCCCACACUUGCUUUAACCGGAUCGACAUUCCGCCUUAUGAGUCAUACGAGAAGCUUUAUGAGAAGCUGUUGACAGCUGUGGAAGAGACAUGUGGGUUUGCUGUGGAAUGAAAAAGCAACCAAAGGAA